AGAUAAAUGAUUAGGAUAUAUGCUGUAUGUCAUAUUUUUUAUUCUACUUAUAACUGAAAAUGAACAGUCUCUACCUACUGGUGUAUAUGGUUGGAUCUGUGAUCAGCUAUGGAACAAUGGACAAGAACAAUGAAGAUUAUGAUGUUGGAACAAGAGAGAAGAAUUUCGAAGAGUUGUACAAAGAAGGUCGACAGCAUUAUUUAGAUAAUAAUUUUCAGGAUUGCGUGAAAUAUAUUGAAGCUGCCCUCAGCGAUUACAAGGAUUACACGAGCCUGGUCAACCACUGUAAAUCAGAUUGCAAGAAACAGAAGAAUACAGAAUAUGUUGUGAAAACAAUUAAAGAGUAUUUACAUUAUGAGGGUUUAAUACGAGAAACUUUAUGCCUGAUGAAAUGUAAGCGUGGUAAACUUCAUCCAAAUCGCAAGGAAGAAAUAGAAGAUCCAGAUCUUGUACAGGAUUUUCAGUCUCGUAAAACAUACGACUUUCUUCAGCUUUGUUAUUACCAGACAAAGAAUAACCAAUCAGCCGCCAAUGCAGCGUACACAAAUCUCAUGUUUAAUCAAGACCAUGAGAUUAUGAGAGAAAACCUGAACUACUACCUGGCCCUACCCGGAGUAAAUUCAUCCAACCUGGUCAACCUAGAGGAGCAGGAAUUCGUUGCACCCUAUCUAGCUGGUAGAACCUACUAUACUGAGAAGAAUUGGAGCAAACUGGUAGAAUCCAUGGAGUUAGCUGUCAAACUAUACCUUCAGGAAGAAGAAAUGUGUAGAAUGGGAUGUGAGAAACCGUUUAAUAUGGGUUGGUUUCCAGAUUUCGUUAGUUCGGUUUCCAACCAUUUCACGUUCUGUACUAAGUGUAAACUAAACUGUGCCACACAACUUCAUAGGAUUAAUGGGGGCAUGGAAGAGGAUUUGUUGCCCCUUUUCUAUCAUUAUCUACAAUUUGCAUAUUUCAAAGUGGAAGACUAUAGUAGUGCUGCUGACUGUGCUGUUACCUAUCUUGAGUUGAGGCCGGAUAAUGUGGACAUGCAGAACAAUAUCAACUAUUACAGGUUUUUUUUUGCUUUAUUAUCCAACGAUAAACAGUGGUAGCCGAUUAUAUCAAUACCAU